AUGUGCAGCUUAUACAUAAGUGACAGAGAGAGACAGAACUGUUUUCAUCAGACGAAGCCAUUGUCCUUUCUCUUGUGGAAGGAGAGUUCUACUCCAGAAUCCACAGAAUGCCAGGAAAUUGACCUAAAAACUCAAGUCACAGAAGAAGACUGGAUUUUGGUGGAAACAGAAAACAAAGUUACUCCACCCACUGAAACAAACUCCACUGCUGCUGCUGCUGCUGUUGAAACUUCCUCAAACAACUCUGAAUCCGAAGACACUGCCCUCAUCACAAGUCUUGUGUCUGAGAAUGAUGACCCAGAUAGUUCUCAAAAUGAGACACUUGCCUUAUUCCACCUCGACACCGAUUCCGAUGAGUCUCCACUGCCCCACAAUCCAGAAUUCUUUUGCUUUGUUUCUGGAUGUCCAAGUGACAGCUGGAUCAUGGAUCCCCCAGCCUGCUUCACUGCCAGCCAAGAUGGAUCCAGUGAAGCAUCUGUGUUGCAUACGCCCAUGGAAAAUCUCCUGAUUGAACACCCAAGUAUGUCGGUCUAUGACUCGUACAGUCGCACCAUCUUCUUCAUACAGGACAAUGUCAAUACGGAUAAUGAAGGCAAUGAUGAAUCACAAAAUGAACUGGAGGAAGAGCGUCGUCCUAGCACUCCAUUUGAGGAAGUUAGCCUUCCCAUCGUACCUAUAAACCGGCCAUCCAAUGCUGCGCGGCUCAUACCUUGCCCUCAGAAUACAUCACAGACUUAUCGAAUGAUGCUGCAAAGGCAGACUUAUGAGCAAACUCGCUACCUAAACAAGAAGAGCUUGAAUCGAAGCAACAAACUUCAUGAAUAUAGCCAUUUGGGCAAACAUCAGAGACACCGUGCCCGUUAUCAAUGUCCAUCAGGCCGUAUGAAUGGACGAUUUGGACAGAGGAGAGCUUAUUAA